UCAUGCAAUCGAUACAGUCCUGGUGCAUGCAUCUCGGCGCAGGCACCAACCAGCCUGCCAUGAGAAUCCCAUGAAUUCAGGCACUUCGCAGCCCUCGUCUAUUUAACCAUCCCCGCAACCUCGCCGAGUCCUGCAUCCCAGAAGGCGCGCACCUGUCAGCUAACUCGGUCGACGUAGCCAUGGAGAUCGGUGCUGCUACCUGCAAGACCGCCAGGGCCAGAGUCAGCUGGCUUGUGAUGCUACUGUUGGCCGCAGGCUUGGCGGGCGAGGCGGCGGGCCAGGUGUGCACAAGCACCUUCUUCUCGGCCCUGCUGCAGCUGACGCCGUGCAGGCCGGCGGUCACACCCUUCAGUCCAGCCCCGCCAAGCGAAGCCUGCUGCAAUGCCGUCAAGACUUUAGGGCAGCCCUGCCUCUGCCAACUUGUGAACGGACCCCCCAUCACUGGUGUCGAUCGCAAUAUGGCCAUGCAGCUCCCAGGCAAAUGCACCGUCAACUUCGAGCCAUGUACUUCCAGGGUCUGA